UCUCAUCUCCUUAAACCCCAGUAAUUUUAAGGUCUAUAUCCUUUCCAUGUCAAAAAUUUGAAGUGAUAAACCCUAAUUUCCCAUGUGAUUCAGCUUCCAAUGGCCAUCUCAACCGGCCUCGGCAUAUCUCGACUUCCAUCGCUAUCUCUCCGUUAUCCUCUCCGCCACUGCGCUCUUCAGGUUAGGCUUGGCUUUGCUGCUUCGGUUGAAGCAUUUGACGAUACGGAGAACGACAAAGGCACUGAAAAUGCAGCAUUUGAUAAUUUGAGUGGCGGUAAUGGACGUCGUCAGGAUUGGAAGAAGUUGAAGUCUGAAGACCUUGGAGUUAGUACUUCAAAAAUUUCGAGGCCCACAAGAGUGGUUCUUAAUGGUCUUAGGAAAAGAGGCUUUGAAGUAUAUCUUGUUGGAGGAUGUGUAAGGGAUCUAAUAUUGAAACGAGUUCCUAAAGAUUUUGAUGUAAUAACUUCAGCUGAACUUAAAGACGUGAUGAGGACAUUUUCUCGAUGUGAGAUGAUUGGGAGGCGGUUUCCUAUCUGUCAUGUGCACAUUGAUGAUACUAUUGUGGAGGUUUCAAGCUUUAGCACCCGUGCAACAAGGUUUGGGAGGUUCUUGAGUUUGGAACCUGUGAAGCCUGUUGGCUGUGAUGAGCAAGACUAUAUUCGCUGGAGAAACUGCCUUCAGCGUGAUUUCACGAUAAAUGGAUUGAUGUUUGACCCUUAUGCAAAGUUGAUAUAUGACUACACUGGUGGAGUAAAUGACAUCCGGAAAGCUAAAAUCCGGACCAUCAAACCUGCGAAUCUUUCCUUGACCGAGGAUUGUGCACGUAUUCUUCGUGGUGUCAGAAUUGCGGCUCGGUUGGAUUUUAGAUUUUCAAGGGAGACUGCUCUAGCAGUGAGAAAGUUAUCUGCUACAGUUUUAAGGCUCGAUCGGGGAAGGCUUCUCAUGGAAGUCAACUACAUGCUGGCUUAUGGUUCUGCAGAAGCCUCGUUAAGAUCGUUGUGGAAGCUUGGUCUUUUGGAAAUACUUCUGCCUAUUCAGGCGGCCUAUUUUGUCAGAACUGGUUUUUGCAGACGUGACAAGCGCUCUAACAUGCUUUUGUCUUUAUUCUCCAACCUUGAUAAACUUCUUGCCCCUGACAGACCAUGUCACAGUAGCUUAUGGUUUGCUAUUCUAGCAUUUCAUGAAGCACUCUCCGCACAACCAAGGGACCCUCUUGUGGUUGCUGCAUUCAGCCUUGCAGUCCACAACGGCGGAGACCUAUCAGAAGCUUUAAGCAUUGCAAGACGUAUCAGUAAACAACAUGAAAUAAGUUUUGAUGAACUAUUGGAACCAAAAUACAUGAAAUCCAGAGAGUUGUUGGGUGAGGUUAAAGAUUUAGCAGCUUCUGUUCAAAGUUCCCUUCGCCAUAUGACAGACGAUUACUUUGUCUCCCAGGCAAUGGCCAAAUAUCCAAAAGCUCCGUAUUCAGAUUUAGUAUUUUUCCCAGUGGCACUUUACUUGAAGGCUUGCAAGAUGUUUGAAUGUGUUGGAGGUGGGGCGGAGCAGGGAUUUGUACCCAAAAAUGGUAGUAAGAUCGACUAUGAGUUGUUAGCUAUGGGAAGUCUAAAGGAAGUUAGACACACAUUUGCAAGAGUAGUAUUUGAUACCAUAUACCCAAUUGAUAAGUACAUAGAUGAUUAGCCUAGACCCAAAAAUGAGUGCAGAGAAAGCAACAGUAGCACAUCAAAUAGCCCGACAAAACAAGGAAGUCGCUGAAAUUCUGCAUUUGAGGAUUGUGACGCUACAAAAGGCUAUCCUGAUCCUGGUUUGGGUGUUCAUUAACUGGGUUCCGAGUUCCCUUUAUGUAUUAUUCUUGUUACUUGUAACUCAAUUCUUUGCUUCAAAGCAUAUAAAAGUAUUAUAUUCACCACA